GCCAAUAUUCAAAGAAUUUUAUUACGAGCUAACAAGCAAUACUCAGAGCGAAAACUUUGAGAUAUUUCACUCUUCCUUACACAAAAAAAAGUGCAAAGUAUUUUAAGUGCUAUUUCUACGUAAAUUUUGAGAGACAAAAUGGUUAAAUCUCCAGCAAUUGGUAUUGACUUGGGAACUACAUAUUCCUGCGUUGGUGUGUGGCAGCACGGAAAAGUAGAGAUCAUCGCAAACGAUCAAGGAAACAGAACAACACCAAGUUAUGUGGCUUUUACGGACACAGAAAGGCUCCUUGGAGAUGCCGCGAAGAACCAGGUGGCGAUGAACCCCAGUAACACAGUGUUUGAUGCGAAAAGGCUCAUCGGAAGAAAAUUUGACGAUCCUAAGAUACAGCAAGAUAUCAAACACUGGCCAUUCAAAGUCAUCAGCGAAAGUGGCAAGCCCAAAAUCCAAAUAGACUUCAAGGGAGAAAAAAAAGUAUUUGCACCAGAAGAAAUCAGCUCAAUGGUAUUAACAAAAAUGAAAGAAACCGCAGAAGCAUUUUUAGGAACAUCAGUAAAAGACGCAGUUAUCACAGUACCAGCAUAUUUCAAUGAUUCUCAAAGACAAGCUACAAAAGAUGCUGGUGUCAUCGCUGGAUUGAACGUGUUGAGGAUAAUAAAUGAACCAACAGCAGCUGCGUUAGCCUAUGGCUUAGAUAAAAAUCUAAAAGGUGAAAGAAAUGUACUCAUCUUUGAUUUGGGUGGUGGAACGUUUGAUGUCUCCAUACUAACAAUCGAUGAAGGAAGUCUAUUCGAAGUAAGAUCCACAGCUGGUGAUACACAUCUCGGUGGUGAAGAUUUUGAUAAUAGACUGGUUACUUAUUUAGCAGAUGAAUUUAAAAGGAAAUUCAAAAAAGAUCUGCGAAACAACCCAAGAAGCCUACGGCGAUUAAGAACAGCAGCAGAACGAGCCAAACGCACACUGUCAUCUAGUACAGAAGCAACAAUCGAAAUAGAUGCCUUGUUUGAUGGAAUUGAUUUCUACACUAAGGUAACUAGAGCGAGAUUCGAAGAACUUUGUUCCGAUUUGUUCAGAGGCACCUUACAACCUGUUGAAAAAGCUCUAACAGAUGCAAAAAUGGACAAGGGAUCUAUCCAUGAUGUUGUAUUGGUUGGAGGUUCAACAAGAAUUCCUAAAAUCCAACAGCUUCUGCAGAAUUACUUCUCCGGCAAACAAUUAAAUCUUUCCAUCAACCCCGAUGAAGCAGUAGCAUAUGGUGCGGCAGUCCAGGCAGCAGUAUUGAAUGGCGAGCAAGAUUCUAAAAUUCAAGAUGUACUUCUCGUUGACGUAACACCUUUAUCCUUGGGUAUUGAAACAGCAGGUGGUGUCAUGACAAAAAUAAUUGAGAGAAAUGCAAGAAUUCCAUGCAAACAAACUCAAACCUUUACCACAUAUGCCGAUAAUCAACCAGCAGUUACCAUUCAAGUGUUUGAAGGAGAGAGAGUCAUGACAAAAGAUAAUAACCUGCUUGGUAACUUCGAUUUAACUGGAAUUCCACCAGCCCCUCGAGGAGUGCCAAAGGUUGAGGUAACAUUCGAUUUGGAUGCAAAUGGUAUUUUGAAUGUAUCGGCAAAAGAUACUAGUUCAGGCAACUCCAAAAACAUCACAAUUAAAAAUGAUCAAGGAAGACUCUCACAAAAAGACAUUGAUAAAAUGGUGGCAGAUGCAGAGAAGUAUAAAGAAGAAGAUGAAAAACAAAAACAAAGGAUCGAAGCUCGAAACAAACUUGAAGCUUAUGUUUUCCAACUUAAACAGGCAGCACAAGAUUGUGAAAGCAAAUUGAGUGCAGAAGAUAAAGCUACCGUAGAGAAAGAAUGUCAAAAUUGCCUACAGUGGUUAGAUUCCAACACUUUGGCAGAAAAGGACGAGUACGAGGACAAACAGAAACAACUUACAUCCAUCUGCAGUCCUAUCAUGGCCAAGUUGUAUGGAGGGGCUCAAAAUGCUAAUAACUUUGGUGGAAUGCCUGGAAGCUGUGGACAACAAGCUAGCGAGGGCUUCGAAGGCAGACGAGGAGGACCUACUAUUGAAGAAGUUGAUUAAACUAUUGAAGGGUUAACUUUCUCUCUCCAUCAUUUUGGCAUUUUUCUGCAUUAAGUUUUUUUGACGGAGAGUGGAUUAUAUUAAAGAUUUUCUAUUUUUUCCAAAUUCUCUUUUACUAUGUGAUUUAAUUUUUUUGUCAAUUUCUAAUAAAUUCUUUCAAAAUUA